AGGGGAAACACGGGUGCGCCGCCGGGGACGUUCCCCCGUGGUCGUCGUCGUAUUCGCCGUAUUCACCGUCGCCGUCGCCGUCGUCGCCGUCGUCGUGGUGACCGUCGUUGUCAUCGUCGUGCCGGUGCUGGAAGUGGUGCCGCUGCCGCCGCUGGUGGUGUAGGUGGUGGUAGUGGUGGUGGUGGUGGUGGUGGUGGUGGCAGUGGUGGUGGUGAGUUGCCGCGAGUAAGUGAAACACCACCGUCGUCGUCGUCGUCGUCGUCGCCGCUGCCUGCUGCCGUCGACGUGACCGUCGCCGCCGUCGUCGUCGUCGUCGCCGUCGUCGUCGCCGUCGCCGUCGCCGUCGUCGUCGCCGCCGCCGUCGCCGGUGGUGGUGGUAGUAGUAGUAGUAGUAAUAGUAGUAGUGGUGGUAGUAGUGCCGGUGCCGGUGCCGUUGCCGGUGGUGUCCGUAGUAAUAGUAGUAGUAGUAAUAACGACGGUAGUGGGAGGCAGCCAGAAGUGAGAGGCACCACCGGGACGAGAAAGACGGAGGAGAGAGAAGGAAGACGGGACCACGAGGACGGCGACGAGGCGUCAUUGUCGUCCGUCGCCGCCGUCGUCGCCGCCGCCGUCGCCGCCGCCACCGCGGUGGGGAGAUAAUACAUCGCCUCCCUCCUCCCGUCGCCAGGACGAUCGUCGACUUGAAUCUUAACA